GUUUAAAUCUUUUAUUUGUCGGAUUUUCGGUACGACCGGUCUGACUAGUGCCGGUGGUAUGCAGCGAGUUGUAUGGCGAAGGUAAUACUAGUGAAUGUGAGAAAAAAUUUCGUUGAAUCGGGAGAAUGUAUAGCGCAACUAGGCUGUCGAAAUGGAUUCUUCUGUGUCUCUAUUUAUCCCAAUAUGCGUUCGCACGGCGCAUUCUCGACGAACCAAGAAUACAUUUUUUAAAUGCAGAUGACAGUGUACAAAAUAAUCAUCCUGGUCUAAAAACAUAUUGUCACAAUGCUACAUCAAAGUAUUUAACACAUAUGUGGAGAACAAUGACUAUGCAUCUGAAUAUUAAUUCAGACUCCUAUAUUUUAUACGAUGGCAAAACACCUCAAGAAAUCCACCAAAAGUAUGAUGAAAAUGAUAAAUCAUGGAGUCUUAAUCUGUUUGAUACAGGAAAACAUAGGCAAUUUAAGAUUAAUCCAUUUGAAGAUACAUGUAUAGGUAUUUAUAUAGAUUCUCCCAGUGAAUCUAUCUAUAUAAUGACACUGAAAGAAACACGUAUCAAUGUUUGGAGACUGACAUUGAUGGUAACAGGUAUUAUAAUUUUCUGGUGUGCCAAAAUAUUAAGUCGGAAUUCAUUGUUUUAUUAUGCUUGUGGCAUAAUACUUGGAGUCAGUUUAUCUAUUAUAAUUUUAAUAUAUGUGGCUGGGAAAUUGAUUCCACGGGGAAAAACUAUGUACGUAAUAUUUGCUGCAUCGAUGAGUCUUUAUAUUGCUAAAACAUUAUGGGAAAACAUGCAAUUAAUUAUAAUGCAAUAUAGAGAAUGGGUGAUGUGGUAUGUUCUUGUUACAUCUCUGAUUAGUUUCGUAAUUUGCUACCGUUUUGGUCCAGUUACCAAUACGAGAACAAAACAAAUAAUAGAAUGGUUUUUGCAGCUUGUAGGAUUGGCACUGAUUUAUCACAGUAGUCACUUUCAUGAAGCAUCUUUUUCAUGUUGCAUUAUUGUUAUAUUUUUCUAUAACUUUCCGAAAACAGCAUUUGGGCGAGCAAAGAGGUAUUGGCAACACGUGUUUCCGGAAAAACGAAAAUUAAUUAAUGAAGAUCAAUAUCGUCAAGAAGGAAUACGACAAACUAGGAAAGCUUUAAAAGGAUUGCAAAACUAUUGCUCCAGUCCGGAAUGCAAUCCUUGGAAGACAGUUUUAAAACUGAAAGAUCCGAUAAGAUUUGCGAGAUUUAUGGAAGGAGAAUCGCAUUUAUUAGAGGAUGAAAUUGAAGAACACGAAGAAGAAACUUCGAAAAUUUUAGAAAAAGGGGAAUACACAGAUGAUGAUGAUGACUCUUUUUGAAUAGAAAUGCAUCUUCUUUCCUAGAUAUUAGAUCCCAAUCUGAAGAGUUACAGUGUCCGAGUACAAAUGCUUAAAUAAGAAUUUCAUAAGAAGUAUCAUGUAAAA